CCUGCAAGGACAGGCUCCAAUGUCCCCCAUGCGGUUCGAAUCGCACCUUUGGGGCUACUGCUUCGGUUGCCAGAUCGAGUGGGUGGAAUCGCUUUCCAGCUGCUAGGUUUGUGACAACUCACUUAGCGCGCGUUCAUGGGUUGGGGUCGGCGACUCGACAAUCCUGACAGGUUGGACCUCUUUUUUGUGUCAAGAUACGAAGGUAAAAUAUAUAUGCAUUGAGUAAGAUACCUAGCUAUUGUAAGAGAGUCAAACAUUGGGUAAGAGGAACGCCAAGUACCUCCUUUGACAUUGAACAAUCGGGACCGAGAAGAUGCAAAUCAACAAACUUCUCCUACUGAUUGCCGGCAUUGCCGGGGUUGCUUUCGCCGUGCCCGACACCGAGGUUACUGUCACUACGCAUCCUAUCAAACCCGACCCACCCAGAGGUUGCCCAGCCGAUCGAUGCGGCAUGGUCGAUGGCCAAUGCAUGAACGCGCGCGCUAAUCGACGGCAGAUGACGCUCUUGCAUUUGUUGGUCACCCAUCGCCUAUCGAUCUGUUUCUACCAGCUCGGUCAAGAAGAUGUCCCCGUCUCCAAUUAUUUCUCAUCACACGAAGCUGGUUAG